GGAAACGGCGUACAGGUCUGAGAGACGGUGGAGGCUGCUGCAAAAAUGCUAACAGGCUAACUAGCUCGUUAGCUCACAGUUGAAUAAUCAGCGGCUGAUUAAUAUUUAAAAUAAUUCUCCUCGUUAAACAUUAAAGUUGUCGCCGGGGUUUGGUCUGUUUCCCGCGGUCACCGCCCCGCAGUGUGUCGGAGUUAGCCAGUUAGCAUGGCAGCAGCUAACUACCGAGGCUAACGGCAGGUGAUUAGCUUAGCACGCUAACCGAAGCAAAUUUAAAUAUUAUCCGGAUAAUAGUGACUGAAGGUCCGCGGGCUCAGCGGAGUGUAGCCCGUUAGCAGGGAGAUACCUGCUGGGUGUGACCCGGGAUGGAUGUGAGUUAACGGGCGGACUGGGCCGGUGUGACCCGGGUCUGAGCUUCUCUGGACGCAACCCGUGUGUCGAGUCAAGCCGAGGGGUUCCCCCCAGCAGCAGCCCGGUCCUCCGGGGCCGGGGGACGGCAGAGCUCUACACCGCCUGUCAGGCCCCGAGUCUGUGAUGAGAUGAGCUGCAGCGGACCGGAGGGCCCGUUAACCCAUGUUAAACAGGAUGGAUCUCUGCAGUAGGAACCCAAACCGCACAGCGCCAGUCGGUGAUGACGGCCUGCAGGGAGGUGAUGUGCCACUCUGCUCCCGGACCAAUGGGUGGAGCUGGCCCCCCCACCCCUUCCAGCUGCUGGCCUGGCUGCUUUACGUCUACUUUGCCGUCACCGGCUUCGGCGUGUUCGUCCCUCUGCUGCCCACCCACUGGAUCCCUGCAGGCUACAUCUGUACGGGCGUCAUGUUCGUGUGUCACCUGUGUGUCCAUGUGAUGGCCGUGUCCAUCGACCCGGCCGACUACAACGUCAGGACGAAGAGCGAUAAAGGUCCGGUCCCCGUGUUCGACCGCUCCAAACACGCCCAUGUCAUCGAGAACUGUCACUGCUACCUCUGUCAGGUGGAUGUGGGUCCCAAGUCGAAGCACUGCAGCGCCUGUAACAAAUGUGUGUCUAACUUCGACCACCACUGUCGCUGGCUCAACAACUGUGUGGGGAGCAGAAACUACAAGUUGUUCCUUCACAGCGUGGUCUCGGCUCUUCUCGGGGUCUGUCUGGUUCUGGUUGUUGCCUCCUACGUCUUCAUUGAGUUCUUUCUGGACCCGUCCAAACUCCGCACUGACAAACACUUCCUGGUGAGGAAUGAGACAGGUGUGUGGUUCGUCUUCCUGCCGGUGGCUCCUCUCAGGUCAGCGGCAGCAGUGAUUCCUGCUCUGGCUGCUGUCACCAUCGCUCUGGGUCUGCUGUCAUCUGUGCUGCUCUGUCACCUGCUCUGCUUCCACAUCUACCUGAUGUGGAACAGACUCAGUACGUAUGAAUACAUCGUGCGGCAGCGUCACCGCCAGGACAACAGAGACUCGAGGAAACCAGGACCAGUGAAGGAGACAGCGACGGCGGCUCCAUCUGUUCACCUUAUCAAGGACGUGAACUAUCCAGGCAGUCUGGGUUACACCAACCCACAGCUGGACGUAGAGGAAGCUACCACUGUGGCAGUGCGGGGGGAGUCAGAGUUCCUGUCUAACAGCAGAGUGAGGACUGUGUCCAGUCCUGUUGUGGAGGAAGACGCUCAGCUUGCUGUGUCUACAGAGCUGAAAACAGCAGCACACACACACCGACGCACACAGGUAUCACACACACAGACACACACACACACACACACACAGAGGGAGCACUGCCUUGUGAUCAAUCAAUCAAUCAAUCAAUUUUAUUUAUGGCUCCAGGGAACAGAGCCUGGCGGUGUGUCCACUGUGUCCCUGGGUCAGCGCCUUCCCUUCCCAGCGUUCCCUCUGAGGGCCUCCCUGCCCCCCCUGGCCCCCGCCACGGGCCCCGUCCAGGCUGCCGCCCCUCCUGCUGAAUAUCACUCGGACUCUGCUGAGUCUCUGGAGGAGAUCCCGGUGGCGUUGGCCAAACUGGGGUCUUCGUCCUCUGCUGCCACUGGAGAUGCCUCCACGUCCUCGCACAGAGUUGUCCCAGCGUUCCCCCUCCCCUCCCCCCAGCCCAGGACUAAGAGGAAGGCCGCCUCCUCCCGCCCCAAUAAGAACGCUGUGGAGCUGAGGUUUGAGAUGGCCUCCACCCAGCCCCCGAUGGUGUUUGUCAGCCGGGCCAGCGGAGAGGCCGCUGAGCCCCGAGAGGAUGGACUCAGCGUGGGCAGGAGGCCGCCCAGCUCCAGGCCUGGCUCCAGGCCGGUGUCUCGGGCGUCUCUGGGCUCAGGUGUGGGCUCCUGGAUGGAGCUGUGAUCUGGAACAGUCUGAUCACCUGUGCUCUGUGACGCCUUGCACAAUGAUCUGACAGAUGGGUUUUAUAUCAGACACUAUUUAUUGUUUUUAAUCAUGAACGCCAAAGGUGACUUCCUGUCUGUGCACAAUCUUUAUAACUGAAGGAACCUUCACUUUGUACGCCCCCCCUCACCGCCCUGACACGCCAUCUCUUCCUGUUGUUUUACUGUUUCCUGGCUGGUCUCCAUGGUAACCCGGAGCCAGAGGGGCGGAGUGGUGUCUCCACCUUAUUCUUGAGAGUACAUCUGAUUAUGGGUGUGUCCUCAGGUGAGACAGGAAGCUCGUUAGUCCUGCUGAUUGUCUGUGGUGAGUCCCAACUGGUCAUCACAGUGGCUAACAGCUAACAGCUAACUGGAAAUGAUUUUUUCUUCAGUUUAAUUGGUUUGUUUCAGAUAUUUAAUUAAUGUUAAAUUAGCACGUUUUGUUUAUUUUGCUGCGGGAAGAAGGAUCAGAGUACUGUUAGCCAAACUGGAAAACACUGGUCCCAUUUCUGCGCCAGAGGUCACGCCCGUAAUUCACACAAGGUAUCAUGAAGGCUCAGAACAACGUGGAUACAGAACUGAAGUCCUGACAUCACUUCCUGUUUAUUUCUGCAGCAACAACCCAAACACGCUGCUAAAAUAGUCGUUCUUAUGCUGCGGAUUUAACGCCCUCAAAUUCAUUGUUUUCUGUGUCGAUUCCAGAGCGCCUGUUUUUCAGGAUGUGACAGCUCUGAGAUAAACAGAGUUCAGCUUUUAGAACGCAGCAGCUAAUGUCAUGUGACGAGAAGUUGAACAUCUUAGUGCAGAGCUGUCAGAGCGUCACAUCUGUCCUCCAGACAGACAGGAAGUAGAUCAGCUCUGACCUCAGGACUUCCUGUCAGUACGCUGUGACACGGCACUGGUGAUGGUUGCUUAGCAAAUUCAGAUGCAACCUGCCGCUGCGUCCUUGAGUUGGCACAGAGUAGCGCCCAGCACCCGACCUCGUGUUUCCCAGGUGGUUAAAGACGCAGCAUGUGUACGGCCCCUGAUGCUAAUGCUAACUCCCAGCAUGCAUUCUGACACAUGAUGGCUGACAGCCGUGGAGCUCUGACGGAUGAUCACAUGACUGAUCACAUGAACUCUCACAGUUUCAUCUUUGUUUACAUGAAGAUAUUUUAUUUCACAAAUCUUGUUUACAGCACUUUUAUUUGAUGUCACUUUUCAGCCAAUCACACGCCUCCAGCUUGUUGUUGUUGUUGUGUAGCGACGCCGCACUGCUGAGCUGCGAACUGCAGCCCAGGAUUUAAAGGAACAGUUCAACAUUUAGUCUCCUCCUCCUCUUGAGAGUUCACUCUCUCAGAAAGCUACAGUCAGCAGCUGGUUAGCUUAGCUUAGCAUAAAGACUGGAAACAAAGGGAAACCGUUAGCUUUCACCUGGCCAACAAACAGUCCGACACAUGACCCAGUGAGAUGUUGGUACACUUCAGGAAACACGAUCAGCUGUAGAGCACCUGGGCUAACUGUUUCCACCUGUUUUCACUCUUAAUGCUAAGCUAUGCUAACCAGCUGCUUAAUGCUAAUGCUAAGCUAAGCAGCUGCUGUACAGAUGUGAGAGUGGAAUCAGUCUGAAUCAGGUCCUCAGAACGCUGCUCAGCCUUGCAGCCCGGUUUCCCCAGUGGCCUCUCGUGGUACUGCAGAAUGAACUGACUGAUAGGAUCUAUGAUGUGAAGAUGUGACUGUCAGAGAGGAAGAGGAGGAGGAGGAUGAAGAAUGUAAAUGUUGGACUGUUCCUUUAACAGUGCUCCUCUGAGAUGUUUGUUAUUUUUACACCUGUCACCUGAUUUUAUCAAUAAAUGAUUCCAGGUGGUUUCAGACUCAGAGCUCAGCAGCUGGCUCAGUGACAGGAAGUUGUACUGGAGCAUCUGACGAGAGCUGUCCAUCAUUCAGUCUGUGUCUCCAUCAGCUGUGUUAAUGUGAACCAUGUGGAGGGUUAAUGAGCUCCUUACUGUUCCUGUCAGCUGGAUCACCACACACACACACACACACACACACACACACACACACCAUUAACACACACACACACACACACUGGGACCAGUCCAGAACUUCACACUUUGAUAGAUCAGAGAUCAGGAGGCUUUUAUUUUGUCAUCUGAUGAGAAGUCUGAUAAUGUGUGUGUGUGUGUGUGUGUGUGUGCGCUGCAUGUCAUCAUCCCUCUGCGAUGUUAGGAGGGGUUGCCUUGGCAACAAACCACGACAACAUCAAAACAACAUCAAUCAGAAAGGAGCGGCACUGAGACGUAUGUCACACACACACACACACACACACACACACACACACACACACAGCCUGGUACUGGUCUCAUACUGGUUUCCAGUUCAGCGUUGAGGUCGUCAGGAUGUGGGGAGAGGUUUUUAAUUUCCUGUUCUGGGUUUAAAUGAAGAAAGACAUCUCUGUCACAAAGUUUCAUGAACAAAGUUUUUCUUUUUUCAAUUCACCUUUUUUUAUAAAGCCUAAAAUGAUGGAUCACAACCUGCGCCAGAGCAUCAACGUGACCUUUAACCCUCACAGCCCGUCAUAACGAGAGCGGUUCAUGGAUGGCGGUCAGUGAUCGCAGCUUCCUCAGUCUUUGAAGCGCCUGCAGGCGGUGCCUCGAUCUGACCUCCCUUGGUGAGGUUCUCCUGAGUGAUCAGUCUCUGGGCAGCGAUCUCUCCGUCCUCGCAGCUGGUGUUUUCUGAUGCUGUGUGGAGUCUCUGCCCAUGGAGUCAUGUCUCAUGUCAGUAUGGAGGUGCUGAACAUGGUGAGCUCCGUCAGGUUCUCCACAGAUCAUUUCACAGAGCAGAGUUUCAUUCUGUCACAUUUACUGUCGUGGUGAACAAGAGACAUGAAGAGGAAGUGGUGACUGAAGGAAUCCUCAAGUCUCAGCUCUGUUCCUUCAGGCCGCACACGUCCACCAAUCAGAGAGUCAGAAGAGUUUUUCAGUUCAAAUUGAAUCCAAGUUGUGAAUGUUAUUGUUUGUCAAACAGGUCGCAGUUCUCCCGACAUAUUCUCUGGUCUUCCUGCUGCGUGUUGUGAGGAACGCUUGUGUUUGUUACCUUGUUGACGACAAAAUUAAAUAAUCCCCCAGCUCCUCAGAGAACCGUGGGCUCAGUGGGCUCUGUCACCAUCACACGAAGGUCAGCACUGUAAUAAUCAGAUUAAUGAUGAACACAUGAAUGUUUCUGUUUUAUCACAUUGAUCCAAAAACAAAACUCUCAUUGACAGUUUUUAUGAACACAGUUUUUAGCUGCUUGCAACAUGUGAUGUCAUACUGACAGCUGCUUCCUGCUGACACCACUGACAUGAGGUCACAUCCUGCUGUGUCCUCUGAGACUGUGUGUAUGUGUGUGUGUGUGUGUGUGUGUGUGUCUGUGUGAACGUUCACAUCUGUCGUCAUGGAGACGGGUUUGGACAUCAGGACUGUUUGUUCUUUAAAGAGGAAACACAUUAAAUUAUUUUAGUCCUGUAACAUGAUCUCACAGAGAAGGGAUAGUGCGCCCAAAAAUGAAAAUUCAGCCAUUAUCUACUCACCCAUAUGCCAACGGAGGCUCUGGUGAAGUUUCAGAGUCCUCACAUCACUUGCAAAGUUCGGCGGGGGGAGCGGCUAGCACACCUAAUGGCUAACGGCGCCCCAGACUAACGUCCAAGAACACAAAAUUGAAUCCACAAAAUAUCUCCAUACUGCUCGUCCGUAGUGAUCCAAGUGUGCUGCCGCCCCGACAUAAAAAGUUGUUUGGAAAAACGUCAUUUGAACUCUGUUUUUAGCCUCAUUGUAGCCUGUAGCUCUGACUGCUUCUCUGUGCUCCACGCUCACGUGUGCGCGCUGAGGGUGAUCGGUGAUGCACGGUCUCUGAAGAGCAGCAGUCUCGUCAGUACUGAUGUCCAGAUUCUCAAGUGCAGGCAUCGCCAAUUCCCAGUCUGAGCAGCAAAGACUUUCCUCAUCCGUUGGCAUUGCUUUGGAUUUGAAACAACUACACCACCAGGUUUCCAGUGCUCGACUCCGGUAUUCUGCGGCUGGCUGAGGGUUAGGCUCAUGAGCUGCGGCGGCUGCUUCGUCCAGUGGCCUGAGUUACAUCCGUAUAGUCGGGCUCAAACAAAUACGGCUCAACAAAGAAAUGCUGUUCCUCCUCAAUUUCAAAGUCUUCAGACAUUUUGGGCUGUCCUUUGCUAAACCAAACUGGAAGAAUCUCGUUUAAUCUGGGCAGACAGUCUCAAAACUUAUAAGAGGGGCCUCCGCAAUGCCAGAGCAAACUAUUACUCAGCAUUAAUAUAAGAAAACAAGAAUAACCCCAGGUUUCUUUUCAGCACUGUAGCCAGGCUGACUGAGGGACUGUCACACCAAUCCGGGUAUUUAUAUAACCGUGACUCUUUGCUCACAGUUUGGCCUUUCAUCCACACGUAACCGCAGUUUUGGGGCCCUGUAGCCGGAGUUAUUUGUAACCGGAGUCCAGGGUGAACUUUUUGGAAAAGUACGGUGUCAGCAGUCAUGUGUCAACAGGAUAACCGCAGUUAUUUUGUGUCGUCUCCAUUGUAUGACGUCACAGUGUGCGACGUAAACAGAAAACAGCUGUGUUAUUACCCGAUCCAGUGUGUGCGAGAGACGAUUUGAGGAUGGACCUAAACAAAAUACUGCUGCUAUUUAGCAGCAUAUCAGCACUUUGUGGCUGUAUCAUACAACUAACGCUACUCAACCACAUCCAGCAACAGAGGCACAAGAGUGUGCUGUUACAGAGACUGCUCCUGCUGCAUAAUAGUACGCUUGUUGUUGUUUUUCUGGUAAUGACAUUUUACUGCCUUCUGAUUGGCUACAAUGGCCUUACAUUUAGGAGUUAUAUCGCCACCUACUGCUUUGGCAUGUGUAUUACAUUGCUUGAUAGUGGAAUUUGCGGUGUCAUGUGGACGGAGGUAUUUUUAUUACACCCCUCGUAUGGAUGCAGAUUUUUUAAAAACUGGAGGCCAAAAAAGUUCGGUUUUAAAAAUACCUGCGCUCGUGUGGACUAGGCCUGAGAAUCACAGCUCUAUUGAGCCUUGUAUUCCUUUAGCCCUUAGCAGUAAUGAUUUUAUGAGCUUUUUUAAUGACAAAUUCUAACUAUUAGAGGCAAAAUUCAUGACCUCCUGUCCUCAGAUAGUACCUAUCUAACCUCAAACACAGCUGUAAAACCUAAUAUAUAUUUAGAUUGCUUCUCCCCAGUUUCUCUUCAAGAAUUGACUGCAGUGACUAGGCUACUUAAGGAGGUCUUUCCUUUAGUUAACACUCAUAUAUUAGAUAUGAUCAAUAUAUCCUUAUUAACAGGCUAUGUACCACAGUCUUUUAAGGUAGCUGUAAUUAAACCUCUACUAAAAAAGCCCACCCUGGAUCCAGAGGUGUUAGCCAACUAUAGACCAAUAUCUAAUCUUCCCUUUAUGUCAAAGAUCCUUGAGAAAGUAGUCGCAGACCAGCUGUGUGAUUUUCUCCAGGAUAAUAAUCUAUUUGAGGAAUUUCAGUCAGGAUUUAGAGUGCAUCAUAGCACUGAGACAGCUCUAGUUAAAAUUACAAAUGACCUUCUGA